AUUGAUAACGCGCGCGUCGAGCUGUACGCACAUACUCUCGCCGUAUAUACCAGUGGAACGGGAUCGCGGAGUUUUCUCGGGACGCAGGCAUCAGUGGCAGUUUCCGUGACAAUGUGAAUAAUCGCGCGAGGCUCAUCACGUCUAUGGACUGGACUCGCUACGCUUCGCUCGCAUUCUAGCAUCGGAAUAAAAGCUGCCCUCGCAUCGUCGUCGCGUGUGCGGGAGAGAAAUAGAGCUUGCAGAGAGAACUGGAUAUAAAGAGGCGAAUAUAAGGGAAAGAAGAGAGCUUUAAAAUGCAGCUGCUGUCGCUCUGGGUUGUCGCGCUCGCGAGCACCGCUGCCUUAACGCGGGCCGAGCUGCAGACUGUUUACGAAUGGAAAUACCUGGAUUUUUUAUGGGAUUCCGAGGAGCAUAAGCAGAAAACCGUGAGAGCCGGCGACUAUAAUUCCUCGCGGGUUCUGCCCUCGGACCUGGCGGUCGCCAAAGAUGGCCGAGUUUUCGUGUCGCACAUCGGCUACCCGGGCGUGCCGGCCCGUCUGAGCACUGUGUCGAGUCGCUCGUCAGCGAGUUCGGGCCCUCUAUUAUCGCCUUAUCCCGAUUGGUCCUGGCACGCCCGCGGCGACUGCAACGGCAUAACCAGCGUUUACGGACUGGCCAUCGAUCAAUGCAACAGGUUGUGGGUUUUAGAUACCGGAAUCUCGGAACUCUCGGGCGCGAAAGCCUGCCAAGCGCAGCUGUUGGCUUUCGACCUUGUCAGGGACAAGCUAGCCAAGAGGAUCAAGAUACCGAAUCACAUUGCCCAGAAUGAUCAGGGCAUGACGCGGCUGGUCAAGCCGAUCGUCGAGACCAAGGGACAGCAGUGCGAUCACACUACCGUCUACAUGACCGACUCGGUGGGCCACGGUCUGGUGAUCUGGAACGGAAUCGGGCUCUUCCGGCUCGAGGGCGAGGUCUACAACCCGAUCGACUCGGCCCGGAACGUCAGCAUCGGCCCGAACAGCCUCAACAUCGGCGGCGGCGUCGUCGACAUGUCCCUCUCGCCCAACAUCUUCCCCUACGAGCCCCGCUACCUCUUCUUCCGGCCGCUGGCCUCCUUCGACCUCUACGCGGCCAACACGCGCGAGCUCACCAGGAGUAUCUACGGCUACAGGAUCAAGUACUUCGGCGCGAGGGACAUCCUCAGCAGCCAGGCCGUGGGACAGGCCUUCUCGUCGGACGGGACCCUCUUUCUCGGCCUGACCAAGGAGACGGCCAUCGCCUGCUGGAACCGCUACCGGGAACUCGCCAAGGAGAACAUCGAGAUAGUGGCCCAGGACGAGGAGAAGCUGCAGUACGCGAACGGGGUGAAAGUGGUGCCGAAGUCGAUCACCAAGACCUCGGAAGAACUGUGGGUGCUGACCAAUCGAUUCCUGGCAUUCCAGCUGGGCGCGCUGAACUUCGACGACGUCAACUUUCGCAUUCUGAAGAGCCCGGUUAAGGACCUCGUCGAGGGCACCAAGUGUGAGCUGCCCGCCCAGCUGAAGGCGGCUCUCCGCCGGACAAAAGCCAAUCUGUCGUACAAAUAUCCCAAGUGAUCGGCGUCGUCCUCUUCUUUUUCCACACCACUUCUCUCUAGUUUCAUUAUUUUCUUUCUCAACGGUCAUCAUACCUAGAGCUAGUUAAUGUUACGGUUAUUACUUUAAGUAUUAUCGUAUUAAUGUUACCUAUAUGUAAAGUUAAUUGUGAUAUACUGCGCGUUACUACAUCCAUAUCAUCGACGACGGACACACACACACACAUUGUACACAUCCCCUGAUCAUCAUUAAUAAACAUCACCAGACUACAACGU